GUGCUGUCGUGCAGCAUCCGGUCCGUCAAGUCACAGGAGUCGCUUCCGGAACUAAGCUGUUCGCUCCGCGUCGGGGCCCAUUGGGGGGUUGAUUGAGCGCGUCCCAUGGCUGCUCUGCUGCCUGUCUGCCCAGCAUGGCACGGCCCAAAGUCCCGGACGACCAGCGACGGCGCACUGCCCAGGCAUGCGACUCUUGCAAACGUAGGAAGCAGAAGUGCAACGGCCGACAUCCAUGCGAUACUUGCACAAAACGGAGUCUGACCUGCGACUAUGCGAAUAACCCCCCUGAAAACGGCCCCAGUGAAUCUACGGAGUCGCCGCGGAAACGACGCCACAUCGAGUCACCCUCUUCGUCUCACCGUCAAGCGUCUCCGCUAGAAGAACCAACAUCAAGCCACCUUCCACCCCAACCCGUGUAUCAAGUCGCCCGCCCCCAGCCAACUCCGCAGAAUAGCUGUACGGUAACACCGCCUGAGGAAAGCAGGAAAAGUGUUCAGCAUGUCCCUCAACCCUCGAAAAGCGAGGUGGUCAGCAGCCUGAGAUCAUGGGUCCCGCCGCUGCCUUUUGCAGACCGCGAGCAUCGCCAGGCACCAUGUGAUGAUGAGCUGGAGAACCACUCGCGCAAAAGCGCGGUUAGCGGGCCUGAUGAAGAGGCCACAGUCUUCCCCUCGACAAGGAUGCUACAGGACUCAACUGGGCGUCUACUCUAUCUUGGGGAUUCUGCAACCUUGUCAUAUCUCCAGCUGAUCCGGAUGAUCGUGGAAGAUACGGUUGGGCCAUCCGCCUUCACGGGGGAUCCGUCGAGACAUCGGAUUAUGGAGAAUACCGUCUCCCUCCCGCACAAUGUCCGGCCAGCACACCGUUUGCUGCCAGACCGACAGACUUCUGCUGUAUUGGUGGACUCCUUUUUCACAAACACAAUGGGCCUAAUCGAGGUAUUCGACCGAAACAAUUUCCAGACCUUGUUGGAAUCGUGCUAUACCGAUCCUCUCGAUGUCGAUCCGUCCUUUCUUUGUCUGCUGUAUCUCGUAUUCGCCAUUGGAUUGGUGCUCGCUGUUCCAUCUCCGGACACCCCCGAGUACUUGGUCAUCAAGCAGCUGCGGAACGGCCGUCUCAAUUGGGCUGAGAUGUUCUAUAGGAGCGCAAAAGCGCUCGGCGACCCCGUGUCCGGCUUUGAGGACGACGACUUCUGGUCGGUUCAGGCUCUGUUGCUGAUGUCCGUCUAUAUGCUUUCUAUCUCCAAGAGGAACGCAGCAAACGCAUAUUUCGGCAUGGCGGUGCGCUCGGCCGUUGCUCUGGGCCUCCACAGGGAGGAGGCAUCGACUCCAGAUAUCUUCGGCCAGGAGAAUUCAAUAGUCCGCCGCAAUCUGUGGAGGACUUUGUUCGUGCUCGACCGCUUCCACUCAGCAUCACUGGGAAGACCCACGGCAAUAUCGGAGGGUGAUUGCUCCAGCGGCGCGCUCAAGGCACCUCAGCUACCCAGGCCGCCCCUGAAGGACGAGGAGGACGAAGACACAGAUCUCGACGUAAUCCAUUCCAGGGGUAUAGACGCUGCAGUCCGCAGCUCCCAGGCCAUCGGGGUCAUCCUAGAGAAGGUCUACUCCAAACGGAAGAUCUCGACCGGCCUGGCCCAGGAGAUCGCAAACAUGUGCAAAGACUGGCCUCAGAGGCUUCACCCCAGCCUUCAUUGGAGCCAGGCUGCGACGGGGGCGACGCGACCGGCUCAUGGCAUUGCAAUUCUCCACACCAACCUGCUCCACUGCCAUACCAUGAUCCUCCUCACCAGGCCAUUCCUCCUGUACAUGAUCACCAAACGUCAACGAGCCCGCAGCUCGGCGAAACAAUCGUUGCCCCGUAUCGUGUCCAAGAUGGAGAAGUUCUCCGAAGCCUGUGUUAUCGCAUCCUAUCAUACCAUAUACCUAGUCCAGAAGGCCUUUAUGGACAACUACCUGCCGCAACGUAACCCAUUUGUCCAUUACUUCCUCUUUGCUGCCAGCCUCAUCGUCCUUACCAACGAGUUCGGAGCGCUCUACCACAACGAUGCCUACGAGACGUGCAUCUCGAACGCCAUCUCCAUCACGCAAUACUGCGCUGAGACUGACCCGCAAGCCGCCCGAUGUCUCUACAUCCUGGCUGCCUUCCGAGACGUCGUCGCGCGCAAGGGCAAGCCCCCGAUCGACAUGGCGCCGACCAUCCAGUCGACACCGAGCAGCACCUACGACCCAAUGGCGGACUUCCUAGGACCCCACGACCACCGCCAAUCCGGCCCAAGCAUGAGGCCCUCUGACUCCCGGCGCCCUGGCGACCCGAAAGUGCCCGGACUACUACCAUCCCAGCACCCCUCCCACGCCUUCAUGCCCGCGCCGACGAUUCCCUCGCUACCCGAGAUGACCGUCACGACCUCCUCCGGCUCCUUGACGCUCGGACCGAAAUCCGACUCCGGGAUCCCCCCAGACGGUUUAACGUCGCCGCCGCACCCCGUCGACUACUACCCGCUCCCGCAACACCAUCCCCAGCAUCCGGUCCCGGCCCUCACCGUCCCUACAGUCGCGUUCUCCACCCCUACCCCCGCCUCGGAGGGCUCGGGCUCGGGCUCGGGACCCGGCUCAAUGGGUAGCGGCGACGGCGAGUUCGACUUUGACGUCCUGUGGAACCGGCCUCUGACCGAGGUCGAGGCCCAGGCGUCGGGAAUCCUUCAACCCAGCCAGAUCGUGCAGCCCCUGGCCCCGGCUCCGGCGCCGGCGCCGCUGUCGGCUACCGAUUUACCCCACUUUGUGCACGGCGGGGACGGUAAUGGUGCCAACGGCGGCGGGAAUAUCCCGCUGUAUCCUAGCACGAAUUUCUUGUGAGUUUUUGCAGCCCUCUGCGAGGGGGCCUGGUUGGAAUGGGAGCCACUCUGCUCUGCUGUUGUGGUUGGAGUUGGGCUUGAUAUGGGAGGGGUUUUCAUGCAUUUCGUCGUUAUAUGGACGGGAAGAUUGAGGGGGUGUUUAACUGGCUCUUUCUUCUCCUUUAUGUUCCGGCGCUUGGAUGGGCGGCUCCUUGGGACCACCACGUAGUCCUUCUUUCAAAAUAUGCACGCGAUAAAUUAUACCCUUUCGGCGGGAUGAAAAAAAUAUAUUGAUAUUCGCCUGGGAUUAUUGCUUGCAUUCCCCUCUUGCACAUGUGGACUGUCUAGUUCUCUGGCUGGAGUUGGUUUUUCGUUGAAGUCACGACAAAAUGUUACGAUACCACUAGCUAGAAAAAGGCGUCUGAGGCCCUAUAUCAAGACGGGGGGGUGUUGGUGGCCAAUUCAGACUACAUGAUAUAAUACUGACCGCACUUUUAUUUUUGGGGCAACA